AUGGACAUUACGGAUUACAUUUUUAAAGAGCGCGAAGAAGUGCUCCUUGCCGGAGACCAUAAUGCCUACCGCGCGCACGCGACACGCAAGCUUCAUAAAUUGCGUAAGAAGCUGGGCCAGGCCACUGCGAAAGGCCGCAAGUACACUGCCAAACCAGCAGUAACAGCCGAAAACAUUGCAGCCAAUGUCUCUUAUGCGCACCUUCUCCUUCUUGGAUCUGAACGAGCCUGGGCGCAAGCCAUGCACGAGAAGUCAACGCACUCCGCAGAUCCAUCGGCCAAGGGAAUCACGGGUGCAGCGAGGCGUCACAUCAUCUCCCGACUUCAUAAAGCGACCGGUUAUGCGCAACACCUUGUGAGCUUGCUCCAUGAUCAAGCGGUCACUGGUGCCACGGACAUCGAUGUUUUGGAGGCUCGGGCUUACCUGGCCACAAUUUCCGGUGCGCUGUGGUUGGAGAAGCAUAAGUGGGAGCAGUGUCUGCACGACUUCGCUAUUGCACGUGUGGUCUAUACCGCCCUAGGACAGCGCGAGAAAAAGGACUCCUUCCGUGAUCUCCUGACUGGAACUGUCGAUCCUAGCCUCCGUUAUGCGGCUUACCAGAUGAAGCUGCCGAGGUCUAAGCCAAGUUCGUCUCUGGCAAUUGAAUACUUCCCUUCAGACUCCAAUAUCCGUGGGGAAGUUGAGAAAAUUGACCCAUCCUGCCUUGCUGAAGAAGCAGCAGGAACGCGACGCACUGCUGAGGGGGAGGUACAAAAACUCCCUGAGUCUAUUACCUGGAGAUCCCGCACUGUCCCGCUGGAGGAUGCCUCAAUUUCUCAGGCUUUAGCCGCCGCCUCUGCCGCAGAAGACGGUCUCAGUGAAUGGUUAGCUGGGGAAGGCAAGUCCGCCAGCGCCAAGGAUCGGGCCGCUGCAUACGAUAGUGUGAUUAUUGCAAGCCAGGAUGCAGUCGAUGCUACAAAGAGUGCCAUUGACGAUCUGACCAAUGAGGGUGUGGACCCCGGCGAUACACGCUUGCAGGCACUCCAAAUUACUCGGACAGCAGUCAACUACAGUCUUGUAGGAUGGCGUGUUGGCCGAAACCGUGUGCUUUGUGGUGAGCAUGAUGGCUUGUCAAUUGGCGAGGAUGCAGACGCCAAAGAUAUUAAGCACAGCGCGAGCAACGGGAAAAAGCUGAAUAAACUCCGAGAGCGUGUGGUACUCUACGACUCGACCUUGCAGAGUCUGGACUUCAUUCUCGAUUUACCAGGUGUUGCAGCUGAUGCAGCAUUUGUGAAGGAUGUGGAAACCAAGCGCUGCUAUUUCCGGGCUCUGCGUUGCUUUACUUUGGGCCGCUCGUACAGUGUCCUUAGCAAGCCCACCGAAGCGUUGGCCCUUUUUGCUCGGGCCCUUGAACUCUCUGGCUCUGCUAUUCCGUCUUCUUCUGCCAGCUUCCAGGGUCCCCCACAACUCGAAGUCUCGAAGCCACAAGUCGAGAACCUGGCAUCGACCCUUCGUGGACUUGUCGCCCAGUAUCGCGGUCUGGUGACCCUCGAACGCCUUGGGGCCAAGUCCGAUUCGAGCCAAGGCCUCCCUUUGGUGGAAUCUCUCCAACAGUUCAGCGCGGUGGAUCUUAACAAUCUCGUGCCUUAUCCACCCCAGAUGCAGCCCGUACCCGUCAAGCCGCUAUUCCUGGACGUGGCGUGGAACUACAUCGACUACCCGCGCCAAGGCCAGCAGGCAUCGGUACAAGCUCCUGAACAAGCUCCUUCUGCGGUGCCUGAGGAGAAGAAGCGAGGAUGGUUCGGAUUCGGUGGGCGCUGA